AGUAAAAUAAAAGUGAAUAAUUUAGUCUAGAAAGUAAGUUGAAAAGACGGCGUCGUUUUAGUACGGCGGUUGUCGUCGAGUUCAAUCUCCGAAUUGAAAGCUUCACCGACUCAGCGACUGUGGCGUACGGCGCUGAAGAUCGUAGCCAAAAAAUCUUCGGGGCUUCAACUUCCAUGGAGGGAAUCGGAUCCAGAUUGGGCCGAGCCUCGUCCCGGUACGGUCCGGCGGCCACCGUCUUCAACGGCCCCGUCCGGAAGUGGAAGAAGAAGUGGGUGUUGGCCUCUUCCUCUUCCUCCGGCCUCACUUACCACCCCUCUUCUCAGUCCCAAUCCAACGCUCAGAAGCUUCUUCUCUGCCGCUGGACUCCGAUUCAUCCGCCUACUUCAUCGGAAGCUGACGGAACCACCGCGCCGCCUGACGAGCCGCCCAAACGGAAGUUCCGUUACACUCCUAUUGCUGUGCUGGAGGAGCAGAAAAAUGCAGAAUUGAGAAGUAUAAAAGAUGAAGUUAGAGUGAAAGAAAUGGACCAGUUGGCGGCAAAGACAGCUACUGUGGGCAAUGAGGCUCAGGGAGAGCUAAAUGUCAAUGAAGUUUUUAAGGAAGAAACUCAGGAAACAAGCAAGAUUCUGAACAGCCCGAGUGAUGGAAGCAGGAACAAUUUAGAUUUGGCCUUGUGCUUGAAUGGUCGGAAACAGAUUCAAGAUUCGGCCGGUAAGAGCUCUUAAAAUCUGCAAACAGGACAUAGCUGAAGCCAGUUUUAACCUUUUGGACAAUGGUAUAGCAGAAAUUUAGCCCCUUAUGUGAAUUAGUAUUUCAGUGGUAACUUGGAAGCAUAAUGUUUGUAUAUGAUCUUAGGGUUAGUGGGAGAUGGAUCAGUAUAUAAUCUAGAAGAACUUUAUGGGAAUUUGUUCAGCGUGGAAAAUGUAUUUAUUCUUCCUGAAUAAUGUGCAAUCAGAAUGCUCUAGGAAAAACCAACUUCUGGGAAGGAAUUAUGUUCAUGAAAAUGUUCAUAUAAAUGUUGAUAGUGGACUUUGAUAACUAGGAGGAGCUGUAUGGUCUCUGCCUCUCUUCCUAAAAUCAAAAGCUUAGAAGAAA